AUGAAGAAUUAACUAUUCGAAAACAAAAAUAUCAUCUCAUCUACUCCAAUUAAAAAAGAAAAGGAAUAUAAUUGUAGUUAAGAUCUUUUUAAUGAUCAAGUAAUUAACUCUCAAAAUAAAAUUCCUUAACAAAUAAGAGAAUCCCCUUGGGAAGUUUAUUGUUGGAAUCAUUUAUAAAACUUAUCACCACCUAUUAAUACAUUUUAUAAUUAAAACAAAAAUUAAGAAGUUUCUCCUCAUUAAAAUAUGGUACCUAAAAUUAUGUAAAGUCCUUUUAUUUCUUAAAACAAUAAUGCUAAAUAUUACGUUUAUUAAUCUCCAGUCUUUAAAAUCUAAUUUUAAAACUAAACCUUUUUAAAUAAAUUCUUAGAACAUGAGUAAAAUAUAGAAUACAUAUCUGAUAUAGUCUUAUAAAGUUGUUAAAAUAAAUAAGUAUUAUAUAAGCAACCUGAAUAAGUAGAAGAAGAACUGAACGAUAAUAAAUUGUGUAAAAGAAUUAUAAAGUUUACAGACGAUGAUAAAUAUAAACCUACUAUAGAAAGCAUAUUUAAAAGAAACAAUGAGCUAAACUCUAUAUAAAAUAAUUUAUUUAUAUAUAAUUCAGGAGGUAGUAACUAAAAGAAUAAUUAGAAUAUUAAUAAUAAUUUAGUAACCGAAAAAAAUAAUUUAUUUUCAGAUAAUAAUACUACAAUAAAGAAAGCCUAAGAAUUUUCAAUAUAAAAGAAAUAAUAAAAAUGUAAAAAAUUAUUCGAUUCACCACAAACAGCUCAAAAAGAAUAGUAAGGUUUAAGUUAAACUCCUUCAACUAAAAAAAAAAUUUUUUAAUUGGAGAAAGUAUUAAAAACUUCGAAAAAAAAAGAAAAUGAAAAAAUAAAAUUCCUGUUAAUCUGA